GCCCACACUGUUGCUUUUCUAACCGGCGGACGAUACCUUUUCUUGGAGCUGGAGCUGGAGCUGUUUAUAGCAUCACUAUCACGUAACGUUACAUUUGGACGCACAUGUGUUUUUUAAAUCAUAGACAGUAAGUGGCACUUGAAGCCUGCGAUGCAGAAGUUCUGCCUCACCGUCCUGCUCGUACUGCGCGGGCUGAUCAUCUGCGUCUGUUCCAGCGAUGAGCAGCAGCACACUGGACUGUACAGGGACACAACUGUGACCUCAACAGAUCCAUGUCUGCAAGUGAGCCCUCCAUGUGUGACGGAGGCUGACCGCUUCAGUCUGGAGGCUCUUCAACACAUACACAGAGAGAUGGAUGACGAUCAGGAUGGAGGCAUUGAGGUGGAGGAGAGUGUCGAGUUUAUCAUAGAAGAUAUGCAGCAGCAACAACAGGCAAACAAGCACAGUAAACUCCAUCAAGAGGACCAGCAUAUCACUUUGGAGGAGCUUUGGAAGGGCUGGAAAUCUUCCGAGGUUCAUAACUGGACUCAGGAGGAUGUCUUGAGGUGGCUAAGAGAGUUUGUUGAGUUGCCUCAGUAUGAAAAGAGCUUCAGAGAGCUGCGUGUCAGUGGAAACACCUUGCCCAGGAUUGCUUCCAAUGAGCCAUCCUUUAUGAGCGGUUUUCUGAAGAUCCAGGACCAGCAACACAAACAAAAACUCAAGCUCAAAGCCCUGGAUGUAGUGCUGUUUGGCCCACCUACACGACCUCCACACAACUGGAUGAAAGACCUGCUUCUGAUUGUGUCAAUAGUAAUGGGGAUUGGUGGAUGCUGGUUUGCACGAGUACAGAAUAAGACAUCUAAGAUUCAUAUUUCAAAGAUGAUGAAGGACCUGGAAAGCUUGCAGAGAGCUGAACAAAGCCUCAGAGACUUACAGGGGCAGUUGGAAAAGGCCCAGGAAGAGAAGCGCACAGUGGCGGUAGAGAAAAAGAAUUUAGAAGAAAAGAUGAGGGAUGAGAUUCAAGGUGCUCAGGAUGAGGCCAACCGCCUGCACAGACUCCGGGAUGGAGCAGUGAGUGAACUCAGCCGUCUUUGGUAUGCAGAGGAAGAGCUUGAACAGGUACGUGAUGCAUUGAAGAGGGCAGAGAAAGACAUGCAGUCCCUCUGGGCAGUUCCUGAAAAUUUGCAGCUGUGGCUUCAGCUCACCUAUGAGGUGGAGGUCCAGUACUACAACAUCAAGAAGCAAAGUGCAGAACAACAACUACUCACGGCUAAAGAGGAGGCUGAGAAGAUCAAGAAAAAAAGGAGUUCGUUGUUGGGUACACUACAUGUUGCACACAGCUCCUCACUGGAUCAAGUGGAUCAGAGAAUUCUUGAGGCCAAGAAUGCACUAGCAGAUGUCACCGCUUGUCUUCGGGAGCGUCUGCACCGGUGGCAGCAGAUUGAGAGCUUGUGUGGGUUUCCUUUGAUGAAAAAUACGGGCCUAUCCAAUCUCACCGCUACACUCUACCCAGACCCCAACUGGAUGCUAAUGCCCCGGGCUGCAAUACAGUCCUAUCAAGUGCCUGUUUCAGUGGAGGACAUGGAGGAAGAAAUGCCACAGAUUAUACCACAGAUUCCUGUCACAGUUGCAUCUCUGAAAUGCUCUCCACGGUCUCUGGUUCGCUCUCGCCGAUCUGGGCAUAUUGGGCCAUCACCGGUCAUCGUAUCACCUGAUCCAGACCUCCUGAUUCCCAUUCGAACUUCAAUACGCCGAUAUGUGGAUGAGGAAGAAGAGCAUAUCAAAUUCUCCACACUUGUAAAACAGGAGUCCUUGGAAACAUCCUCAGAGUCUACAGAGUCAAUGGGGUCAUCCAUUGGCAGAAUGUACAGCAGCCUUGAUGUCCCUUCUCGGAGAAAAUACAUUUUCUCUGAUAAAAUGCCCCGAAAGAUCUCUUUGGAUGAACAAGAGGACAGUCCCUCUUCCAAGAUCUCACAGGACGAGAUGGAUGAGUCUUUGAUGGUGAACACCUCAAGGAAAGUAUCGCGAGAGGAAUUGGACAUCAAUACUCUGUCAAGAAAGACAUCUAUAGAUGAAUUAGAGGCCUCCAUGGACCCUCCUAGACAAUUGACUAGAGGAGAAACUGAAGCUAGCUUUGAUUCAAGGAAAUUACAGCGGGAUCUCCCUUUAGAUUCCACAAUGAGGUACUGCUCUUCUGAAAAGAUGUCCCCAGUGGCGAUCGGCAUGGACAGUCAAAGACAGCGAUCAUUCAGAGACAGAAAAGAUCACAUGGACAGCAUUUCUAGAGUUAUACCAAAAUCAGAGCUUGAUUUAGAUACCACGACUGGAACUAGAUAUUCAGAUGCCUUAAUGAACACUUCCAUUAAACACAAAGAAAACCUGGACUUUCCACCCAACAUCCAGCGAGGAAGAAUAAUUAGGGAAAAUUCCUUUGAUGCCACUUUUGAUAGCUCAGUGGAAAGCUCCAAAAAAUUUAAGAUGUUAGGCAAAACCGAUUUAUCCAAAGACAUCCUUUCACGAAUAAUGCCGCAAGAUGAAUAUGAUGUGUCCACGGAUUUCGAAAGACUAAAAAUGAGAGACAUUGCCAUGGACACUGCUUCAAGGACCAUGAUAAGAGAUGAGUUUGAGAGAAGCAAGUCCUUUAAAGAGAACAGGGAGAGCCGCAUGGAAAUUCCCUCAAAAAAACUCUCGGAGCAAGAGUUUGUGAUGGAUACACAACGGAUACAACGCAAGUUAGACGGCUCUGUGGAAACUCCCAUUGGUAAAAUACAGAGAGAGACUGUGGGUCUAUCUGUGGAGUCUCCAAGGCGCAAGAUAUCACAGGAGGAAUUUGUGGUUACAAACCCAGGACAGUUUGGUCCACCUGACCUCACCGCGAGCUCCUUGAUGCUCCGGAAACCAGCCUCAGAUUCGCUUAGCACGCUAGUGUACGACGGCAUUCUAGAAAAGUCCUACGAGAACCCUCUCGUGGCUAGUUCUUGCGAUCUCAGUCACGCAACUUCGAUGUCUGGCUCUUCUCAAAGCCUUCUGGGAAAUGAAGGUCAAUCUGCAAAUUCGUCUUCUUUGGAAUCUGGGGGUAAAGACAAAGGCAAGAAGUCUUCUAAGCUCAAGAAUUUGUUCAAGAAGAAAAAGGAUAAGGAGAAAGAUAAAGACUCAUAAAUGUCGACAGCAAGUUGGAAUUUAGACACUUUUAAAAGGCCCGAGGUUCUCUAAAUCUGCCUUAGAAACUAUAACAUAAGCAAAGCUAAACAUGCUGAAUGGAGUGGCCUUGGAUUUUCUUGCAAAAGGUUUUUUCUUAAAUAUGGCAUGCAGGAAGAAAUUGAAUCUUAGCAUUUGAAAUGGACCCUCAGCUCAAUGGAUACAAUCUUGUGAAACAAAGGAGCAGAAUUGCACUUGUCCAGCUUGGAUUCAGUGAUACUGUAUUACAGAAGCUGUGUGAAUGAGAUAUUAAUUGAACAUUUUUCUUUCUUUCUUCAUGCGGUUGUGUUCAUCAUUUGAAAUAACUUGCAAUGA